AUGGACCACUCUGCCAACUUCACCUGUUUCUCUGCCACCACCUUGGCAGAGCCCAACUGGACCGAUCCUGGCCUCCUGCCCAGCCCUUCUGGCAUGGGUAAACCUUUGUCAAUCUUCAAAGUCCUCAUCUUGACUUUGCUGGCAAUGCUGGGAGUUGCCACCUUCCUUUGGAACCUGCUGGUGCUGGCCACCAUCUUGCGGGUGCGUACUUUUCACAGGGUGCCCCAUAACCUGGUAGCCUCCAUGGCCAUCUCUGAUGUGAUGGUGGCCGCUUUGGUGAUGCCCCUCAGCCUGAUGUAUGAAUUGUCCGGCCAUCGCUGGCGGCUGGGGAGGCUAUUGUGCCAGAUCUGGGUUUCUUGUGACGUGCUGUGCUGCACGGCCAGCAUCUGGAACGUUACAGCCAUUGCACUGGAUCGUUACUGGUCCAUAACGCGGCAUCUGGAGUACACGCUGAAGACCCGCCGGCGUAUUUCCAAUGUUAUGAUUGCUCUGACUUGGCUGCUGUCUGCUAUCAUCUCCUUGGCUCCGCUGCUCUUUGGCUGGGGAGAGACUUAUUCCGAGGGCAAUGCUGAGUGCCAAGUCAGCCGAGAGCCUUCGUACACCGUCUUUUCAACCUGUGGAGCUUUUUAUGUGCCUCUCUGCGUCGUGCUGUUUGUCUACUGGAAGAUCUACAAAGCAGCCAGGUUUCGCAUUGGAUCCCGCAAGAGCAAUUCCAUCAGUCCCAUUACACCUGGAGCUCUAGAGGUCAAGGAGGAUACUCAGCACCCACAGAUGGUGUUCACUGCCCGCCAUGCCACGGUGACAUUUCAAACGGAUGGAGACACUUGGAGGGAGCAGAAAGAGAGAAAAUCUGCCCUCAUGGUGGGCAUCCUCAUUGGGGUCUUUGUCCUCUGCUGGAUCCCCUUCUUCAUCACUGAACUCAUCAGCUCCCUCUGUUCCUGUGACAUCCCCCCAACCUGCAAAAGUGUUUUCCUUUGGCUCGGAUAUUCCAAUUCUUUUUUCAACCCUUUGAUCUAUACAGCCUUCAACAAGAAUUAUAACAAUGCCUUUAAGAACCUGUUCUCCAGACAACAAUAA